CUUCAAGUCCUUUCACGUUCCAAAACAACCCACAGAACCAACGAUGGAUAAGAAGAUCAGCCAAAAAACCCUGCGCGAGAUCGACGAGCGGGUCCCCGAUGCCCUCCGGCUCGCGUUCGGCAUCCGCUAACGCGCAUCGCCCGCGCCCAAUGCCGGCGAGCCCGACGAGAUCGCCAACUUCGCCGCCGUCCUGCUCCCGCCGCGCGCGCACGGAGAACACGACGGCGACGCCUGCCCCCAGUGGGACGACGACGAGGACGUGCCGCGGUGGGACCUGAGGAUGGAGUUCGCGUCCUGCUACCUCAAGCACCACGACGAGGACGCGCACUUCGGGCACGCCGAGACCUGCGUCGUCGGCGUGGCGGACGGCGUCGGCUGCUACCGCGACCGGGGCGUGGACGCCUCGUCGUUCGCUCAGGGGCUCAUGCGCAGCGCCCACGAGGAGGCCGUGAACGCGGCGCCGGGCACGCACGUCUGCCCCCACACGCUGCUGGAGCGCGCGUACCAGAAGACGGCCGCGUCGGGCACGCCCGCGGCGUCCACGGCGACCAUAGUCUCGCUCGUCGGUAGGAGCCUCAGGUGGGCGCACGUCGGCGACAGCGGCUUCGCGGUGUUCCGCGACGGCAGGCUCCUGCUGCGCUUGCGGAAGCAGCAGCGCCGCUUCAAUUGCCCCGUGAGCCUCAAGACCGAGGGCGGCGGCGCCGGGGUCGCCGACGCGGAGGUGGGCGAGGCCCCCGCGAGGGCGGGCGACGUCGUGGUGGUGGGCACGGACGGGCUGUUCGACAACGUGUUCGACGACGAGCUGGAGCGGAUCGUGCAGAUGGGCGUCGCUCUGGGGUUCUCGCCGCUCAACAUGGCGGAGGUCGUCGCGGCGUUCGCCCACGAGGCGGCGCGGUGCACGUACAGGGACACGCCGUACAGCGUCGAGAAGCGAAAACAGAAGGGCGCAGCCUCCACCUGCGGGAAGCCGGACGACAUUACCGUCGUCGUCGCGCUCAUUGUGUCAUAAUAGGACUACGUCUCGUCGCAGAUCGCACUAAUGGUGUACACAUGGACAAAUUUUAUGUUGCUAGCUGGAUUUAUCCGCAAUUACUUCUGUUUUAACUCGCAUCAACUCAUAUCAUCAACAAAGAAUACUAUCCCACUGUUCUGCACAUUAUGCAGCCCAUGGGCACCUUUGUAGCCUCUUUGCAGUUUUAGGAUGGCAUCUUUGUAGCCUCUCUGCAGUUUU